UGCCAGCGACAUGUUCAAGGUAAUUCAGAGGUCCGUGGGGCCAGCCAGCCUGAGCUUGCUCACCUUCAAAGUCUAUGCAGCACCAAAAAAGGACUCACCUCCCAAAAAUUCCGUGAAGGUUGAUGAGCUUUCACUCUACUCAGUUCCUGAGGGUCAGUCGAAGUAUGUGGAGGAGGCAAGGAGCCAGCUUGAAGAAAGCAUCUCACAGCUCCGACACUAUUGCGAGCCACACACAACCUGGUGUCAGGAAACGUACUCCCAAACUAAGCCCAAGAUGCACAGUUUGGUUCAAUGGGGGUUAGACAGCUAUGACUACCAAAAUGCACCUCCUGGAUAUUUUCCGAGACUUGGUGUUAUUGGUUUUGCUGGCCUUAUUGGACUCCUUUUGGCUAGAGGUUCAAAAAUAAAGAAGCUAGUGUAUCUGCCUGGUUUCAUGGGAUUAGCUGCCUCCCUCUAUUAUCCACAACAAGCCAUCGUGUUUGCCCAGGUCAGUGGGGAGAGAUUAUAUGACUGGGGUUUACGAGGAUAUAUAGUCAUAGAAGAUUUGUGGAAGGAGAACUUUCAGAAGCCAGGAAAUGUGAAAAAUUCACCUGGAACUAAGUAGAAAACUCCAUGCUCUGCCAUCUUAAUCAGUUAUAGGAAAAACUAGACCAGACCUCUGUUAUCUUCCGUGAUAUCAUCCUACAAGCAAACUAAUCUGGAAUCCCUUCACCUAGAGGUAAUGUACAAGCCUUAGAACUCCUCGUUCUCAUGUUGUUAUGUACCUAAUUAAAA